AGACGAAUGAACUCUCAGAGUUUAAAGUCUCUCUAAUUCAAUACCUUCCUUCCUUCCAGAUUUGCGUGUUUCUGCUCAGAAGCACCAAUCGCGUGUGUUUAUUUUGCUCGUCCCAUUCGUGAUAAAUACGCGUAUGAGGCGCGCGUAAUACGCGUGUGUAUUAUUCGCUCAUAAAGCAUGAUUCAUACAAAUUCUUUUCAUUGCAUGGUGAAAUAUAUUUGAAAACCAUAAUUCUCUUUAAGUGACAUCAAACGGAAAUGGAAAAUGUGAAUGAACUUCCAAUUGAGGUUCUAACGCGAAUUUUUGACUAUUUCGAUGUGCGUGAAAGAAGACAUGUCUCGGCCGUCUGCACUUUGUGGCGCGACAUCCUGCAUUCGGUUCGAUUUCAGCGCCAAUGCCGCACAUUUCUCGAUGGUCGUUUCGAAGAAGAGUUUACUGAGUCUGAAAAAACUGUUCUUCAAAGCUGUCGAAAUCUUUCAAUUAUCCUUUGGGACGAGGAAAACGAAUCAGUAUACGAUUACGAAAUCGAAGACGACGCAGAAGGGCGGGAGAAGGAGGAAAUUAUCCCUCUGACUUAUUUGUUCAAUCCUACCCCGCAGCAGAAUAUAACAGAUUUGAUAUUUAGCCAAAAGCUAGACCUGGAAAGACUUGACCUUAACAGUACAUUCGUGUCCUGCCGGGAAAUUCUACAGGAUCGAUUGGAGAAAUUGGAAAACCUAAAAGAAUUGUCGCUCUUGUUCGAUUUUCGGCCAGUUUCUAGUUCCCAAGAGGUUGAUCCUCAAGUCUGGAGUAUACGACACAAUCGUAUAGAAACACUUAGGAUAGGUCUAUUGGAUGACAUACAGCCAAUAACGUUAACAGCGCCAAACCUAACUAUCUUAGACCUCAAACCAAAGUGUCCCUGGAUUCUGGACAUAAUAAGAUCCUACAAGCAUCAGCUUCAAAGUUUGAAAAUCGAUUUUCAGAAUGUGGAAUCGAUGAGUACUCUAAUGAUGAUGGAAUUCCCCUGCCUAACACAUCUAAAUGUGCAGAUGCUGGAAGACAAGGACAAUCAGAUUCGAUACGCUCGCACCCGGAAUCGAUUCGUCGAUGAGGAGAUAGAAGAACGCUUCGUAAAGGGAAUGCCAAAACUGAAACAAUUGCUGCUGACAAGCAACCUGAUGUUCUUCCGUAUUGCCAAAGCACUCGCCAAAUAUGCUUAUCAAUUGGAGGAAAUCAGCCUGGAAGAGCAACAAAUGGAUUACGAGUUGCUUAAGGUUGUGGAGAGGAUACCGAAGCUGAGACGCUUGACAAUGUUGCGCUGUGAGGUUAUGGAUUUAGGACAGGUUCAUCCCACCCUUAGUUUGCCGCCCUGCCUUAGUGAGCUUGAGCUUCUCCACAGCAAAUCGAACUUAGUAUUCAACAAAGGCCUCGCCGGAUUGAAAUCGCUCAAUGUGUGUGCUUGGACUUCGAAGAACCACAAAAUAUUACACAAGAUUUGUAAAAAUCUUCCAAACUUGGAACAUCUCACGGUGGCGUUCAAUUCUCCGAAAUUGGAGAACACAGCACUUCGCCAUCUGCAUAGGUUAACCAAACUUAAAACUCUCACGAUGACGAGCAUGGAGCUAAAAUUGCUGCAUUGGAAACAUUGUUCGGUCGUUCCUAGCGUCCAGAGGUUGACAUUCGAAAACUGUACAUUGCAUCAGUCCAUGUUCCGGCCAAUAGUCGAGCUGUUUCCUUCACUGAAAGAGCUCUACCUCGAUAGAUGUGAAUUCAAAUACUGUGAUAACGAUAACGAUAGUGAUAAUGAUGACAGUGAGGAUAGAGACAAUAAAUCAGUAGAGCAACUGCGUGAGCUAUUCCCGUUGUGUCGAGUUUCGUUCAGAAAGUGGCUCCCCAUAUGAGUAAGAUGUUGAUUUUGAAAAUAUUUAUUGAGAAGUA